GGGGCCGGGCGGCCGCAGGCCGGAGGCGCGUCGGGCUGGAGCCGGUCACGAUGCCCCGAAGGAAGCAAAGCCACCCGCAGCCCGUGAAAUGCGAGGGGGUCAAAGUGGAUACCGAAGACUCCCUCGACGAAGGACCCGGGGCCCUGGUAUUGGAGAGUGAUUUGCUACUAGGCCAGGAUCUGGAGUUUGAAGAAGAGGAGGAAGAGGAAGAGGAGGAAGGUGACCGCAACAGCGACCAGCUCAUGGGCUUCGAGAGAGACUCUGAAGGAGACUCUCUGGGGGCCAGGCCUGGGCUUCCCUACGGGCUGAGCGACGACGAGUCUGGGGGCGGCCGCGCACUAAGUGCAGAGAGUGAAGUUGAGGAGCCAGCCAGGGGUCCAGGGGAGGCCAGGGGUGAGAGGCCAGGCCCAGCCUGCCAGCUGUGUGGGGGGCCCACAGGUGAGGGGCCGUGUUGUGGGGCAGGAGGACCGGGUGGGGGGCCCCCGCUGCCCCCACGGCUACUGUACUCAUGCCGCCUCUGCGCCUUCGUGUCCCACUACUCGAGCCACCUGAAGCGGCACAUGCAGACACACAGCGGGGAGAAGCCGUUCCGCUGUGGCCGCUGCCCCUACGCCUCAGCCCAGCUCGUCAACCUGACACGACACACCCGCACCCACACUGGCGAGAAGCCCUACCGCUGUCCCCACUGCCCCUUUGCCUGCAGCAGCCUGGGCAACCUGAGGCGGCAUCAGCGCACCCAUGCAGGGCCCCCCACUCCUCCCUGCCCGACCUGUGGCUUCCGCUGCUGUGCUCCACGUCCUGCCCGGCCUCCCAGUCCCACAGAGCAGGAGGGGACAGUGCCUCGGCGACCCGAAGAUGCCCUGCUGCUUCCAGAUCUGAGCCUCCAUGUGUCACCAGGUGGUGCCAGCUUCCUGCCGGACUGUGGGCAGCUGCGGGGUGAAGGGGAAGGCCUGUGUGGGACUGGGUCAGAACCACUGCCAGAGCUGCUGUUCCCUUGGACCUGCCGGAACUGUGGGCAAGAGCUGGAGGAGGGGGAGGGCAGUCGGCUGGGAGCAGGCACGUGUGGGCGCUGCAUGCGAGGAGAAACUGGAAGUGGUGCCAGUGGGGGACCCCAGGGCCCCAGUGACAAAGGCUUCGCCUGCAGCCUCUGCCCCUUUGCCACUCAUUAUCCCAACCACUUGGCUCGGCACAUGAAGACGCACAGUGGUGAGAAGCCCUUCCGCUGUGCCCGUUGUCCCUACGCCUCUGCUCACCUGGACAACCUGAAACGGCACCAGCGUGUCCACACAGGAGAGAAACCCUACAAGUGCCCCCUCUGCCCCUAUGCCUGUGGUAACCUGGCCAACCUCAAACGUCAUGGUCGGAUCCACUCUGGGGACAAACCUUUUCGGUGUAGCCUUUGCAACUACAGCUGCAAUCAGAGUAUGAACCUCAAACGCCACAUGCUGCGGCACACAGGCGAGAAGCCCUUCCGCUGUGCCACCUGCGCCUAUACCACAGGCCACUGGGACAACUACAAGCGCCACCAAAAGGUGCAUGGCCAUGGUGGGGCAGGAGGGCCUGGCCUCUCUGCUUCUGAGGGCUGGGCCCCACCUCACAGUCCUCCCCCUUUUGAGCUCUCGGGGCCCGACAGCCCUGGGUGCCACCAGUAGCCGAGCUCUCCAUACAGACUCACCCUGAACUAGGUCCUUCUGUCCCAGGGCUCCAUGCAGUAGUCCUGACCCUCCUGUGUUUUAUACAGACGGACCAGAAGCCACCUUCUCCUUCCUCCCCCGCUGGCCAGGGGGCUCCACACUGACUCACCUAGGCACUGUUUGGACCAGCCCAAACCCCAUGGGCAGGGGACCUAUAUGGACCAGGGGGCCUUGCCUUGACUGAUGCACUUCAUAAGCUCAGUGAGAAGGGCCCUGUAUUCAUCUCCACUGCUCCCAGGGGCAGUGGAGGAACUGGCUGGGGGACUGUCCAGCCUCACACCUGUUUAUUUAACUUAU